UCUCAGAUGACUCUUGUGUAAACAUUGUGUUAUCAGGUGAGGCGAGGCUAUAGAAUGACCUCUGCGGUGUUCUAGGCGGCAAAAAUUACUUUCGUAACGACAAUUACUGGCAGCCGAAUUAUGCGAAGCGCAUCUUCAGCUGUUGCGUUCGUAUCAGCUGUUUUUUUUUUAUGGCGGCAUUGAUUUCUUACUGACUUGUCCAGCUUUGACUGCUUUCUUAAACACGUCUUGUAUGUGAAGCGUACAAGCUCCCUUUAACUACUCCGACUUACUUCGUUCGUUCUUGUUUCUUUUCUUUUUUUCAUAGUUCAUGAGAGAUCAACUGGAGAGCCUUAGUGGAGUUAAAGACGAUUUCGGCUUGGUGCUGGGUGUGACAAGUACGGACAUACAAAAGUUCAUUAAUAAAGUGCUUGAAGACUACAAUCGAUACAAGACCUACUGGACUAAUUUUAUUAUAAUUAGCCAUACAACGUUUCAAAACUACGCCCUGCCAGCGUACGAUAAUCCUAUGAACUUCAACUUAACCAACUGCUACAUUGUGCCACCUACUAUAUACAACUACAACAAACACUACAACGAGACCUACUACACAUCUCUCGAGGACUCCCUGAACUUCCUGAAAAUCCUUCUGAAUGAGCCCGUAAAGGUUCCUACAUGUGUUUCAGUGACGCUAAAGGGCCGCUUCUUUAAGCCACUUGACCCCGUAGAUCAAAACAGCGACCUGUUCAAGACGUGCACGGGGAUCAAGAACGUUUCGGACGCAGCACCAUCCUCAAUCUGCUCUUCCGGAGCACAAGGCUCGUACACAUAUAAUACAACUUAUGAGUCUGGCUUCUUUAAAGGCGGCGGUGGUGUUUUCACAUUCGAUACGGAACAGGCGCUAAAGUCUAAGAUGUGCGCCUUCAAGGACCAAGUCAAAGAUUUGAAAUUCAGCUUCGCCGUGUACGACAUCGAUGCCGACGAGUCUUCGAGCCCGUGCACAGACGUCCAAUACACGGGCCAGUACAAUAGGCUGAAGCUGCUCCGUAAGCUGUCGGACUUCAUGGAGAACUACACCAACAUUAAUGACUGCAAAGGUGUUUCCUAGCAACUGCUGACCGUCACUGCAGCGCAUUGCAUAGGGAAACGGCCUUAUGCGUGAUCGUCUACUGGAAUUCGUGGUGCAGAGUGCACAUUUCAUUUUGUGCAUGCACCUGUUUCUUUUAUAGUGCAGCUACCCUUUUCAUUUCUCUCAGUCUCACUUAUGCUGUUACUUUCCUCUCUAAAUGUGUUUCUUUAGACGUUCUUAUCUUAACACCAAAAGAGAGUGCUUGUUUAAACGACUUCAUUGUCUGAUAGCAUACGUCGGUCAUUACGCUGUUAUUACUGUUUUGUGUACUUUCUUUUCUUUGUAAUGCGUAAAUUAGCUUGAAUUUCCGUUGUGCCUAUUCGCAAUCUUUUGUAACCAGUGUUGCGAUAAGUUCUGUUUUGCUUUCGCGCUGUUUUCUCGCUAUCAAUGUAAUCUAAUGCCAGAUAACGUAUUAAACGAAGUGUUGCCGGCGCCUCUGCAGUGAAGUAUGCCUGGGACAAAAAAAAAUAUGCGCAAGCCUUAACUGCCAGGACUUCAGCGGAUCGCGUGGACAUUGUCGUUCAAAAUUUAGCGUUUUGCUUGAAGGGCAGUCCCUAUGCCGCUUCAAGCUACGAGUCAGAGUAAUCUUGUUCGUUCUUUGCUUCGACCUUCAGUUCAUAUCGCCAUGCUGGCUAACGAAUUGAGCUACAAAGUCGCACAAGGUAAC